GGAGAUGAAAGACGGGGUCUCGUUACAGCCCACUUUAAAACCCUCCGCCACUUUCUGAUCGGACAGUCUGACUGGAGAGGAUUAGACCAGACCGUUUCAUCACCAGCUCUGGAGGAGAGAACAGCAGCGUGAGGAUCUUUCAGCUCUACGUUAUAACGGCUCGGCAUCUCAGAGGAGCUGGGAAUCAUCGAGGGAAUCUCUGCUGAAAUCCGUGUGCAGCUUCUGGAAUAAAUCCCCAUCGUCCGAGUCAUGGAUCCGGCGUCGGCCGAGAUGAACGCGCUCCCUAACGGGAAAGGGCACGAAGGAGGAAACGAGACGAUGGCCACGCCCACCUCGACCAAAAGCCAGUCGGACGACACGGCUCAGGAACUCGUACCUAAUAGUACAGAAAAUUCCAGUUCCAGCAGAGCUACAAGAGACCCCGAAACCACCCUGGCCGAGAGCACAGACUUCCUGUCCAAUGGCGACGACAAGAAACCGCCGCGAUUCACAGACUUUGAAGGAAAGACUUCGUUCGGGAUGUCGGUCUUCAAUCUGGGAAACGCCAUCAUGGGCAGUGGAAUUCUGGGACUGGCCUACGCCAUGGCCAACACCGGCAUCGUCAUGUUUCUGUUCCUCCUGACGGCCGUAGCGUGUCUCUCAGCCUACUCCAUCCACCUGCUGCUCAAAGCCUCGGGCGUCGUCGGUAUCCGUGCAUACGAGCAGCUUGGAUUUCGAGCAUUCGGUACACCGGGCAAAAUGGCUGCCGGCAUCGCAAUCACACUGCAGAAUAUCGGAGCCAUGUCCAGCUAUUUGUAUAUAGUGAAGUAUGAAUUUCCUCUGGUCAUUCAAGCCUUUCUCAAGGUGGACUCACCAUCCGGUGAAUGGUAUCUGAAUGGUAAUUACCUGGUGGUGAUCGUCUCUGUCUGUAUCAUUCUACCUCUGGCUCUGAUGAAGCAGCUGGGCUAUCUGGGCUACACCAGUGGGUUCUCUCUCAGCUGCAUGGUCUUCUUCCUUAUCUCAGUGAUUUAUAAGAGGUUCCAGGUUCCGUGUCCCUUCACUGAUUUCUCCUCCUUCAAUCGAACUGUGGGCUUCAACAGCAGCGGCGUGGUGGUGCAGCACAGCGGAGUUACUGUGACUCCUGAAGACGACCCGUCCUGCACUCCUCGAAUGUUCAACCUCAACAUACAGACAGCCUACACCAUUCCCAUCCUGGCGUUUGCAUUCGUCUGCCAUCCGGAGGUGCUGCCCAUUUACACUGAGCUGCGCAACCCCACUAAGAAAAAGAUGCAGCACGUGUCCAACAUCUCCAUCGCUGUCAUGUACAUCAUGUAUUUUCUGGCUGCACUGUUCGGAUAUCUGACCUUCUACGAUAAGGUGGAGGCUGAGCUGUUGCACACCUACAGCAGGAUCGACCCAUAUGACACACUGAUCCUGUGUGUGCGUGUGGCUGUACUGACUGCCGUCACCCUCACUGUACCCAUCGUACUGUUCCCCGUGAGGCGAGCCAUCCAGCAGCUCUUCUUCCCCAAUAAGACGUUCUGGUGGCCGAGACACAUCGCCAUCGCCAUCCUUCUCCUCACCAUCAUCAACCUGCUUGUCAUCUUCGCCCCCAACAUCCUCGGCAUCUUCGGGAUCAUAGGUGCUACCUCUGCUCCAUGUCUCAUCUUCAUCUUCCCAGCCGUGUUCUACAUCCGCAUCGUACCCAAAGAGGAUGAGCCCACACGCUCAAUGCCCAAAAUCCUGGCUGCCUGUUUCGCUGGUAUUGGAGUCUUGUUCAUGAUAAUGAGUCUGAGCUUCAUCAUCAUUGACUGGACAUCAGGGAGCGGCAAAUCAAACAGUGGUCAUUAGGCCACACCCACAUCAUCUGUUUUUUACAGUUAUCCUGUGUGUGUGCGUGUGUGUGUGUGUCUGGAAAAAUAACCCUGGACGAUGAUGAUGAUGAUGAUGAUGAUGAUGAUGAUGAUGAUGAUGAGUCAGUAAGUUAUAGCAGUGAUCUGGACCCACAAACUUCCUGCUAAAUAGUGUUCUUGCCCCCUCAGAUUGACCUUUAGCACAAAUGUAUAUUAAACCAGUCCAGUUUCCUUGAUUUUGACCUGAUUGUGACCUCCCACACAAAAACCUGGGGCUACCAAAGCAGGGUAGCUAUUCAGGUUAAUAAGGAUUACCCUGUUGGGUGGGGUAAAUGUUUAUGGAAGGUGUUGGUGCCUGUACUUUUUGACAACUUACUGUCUCUGUCUCUCUCUCUCUCUCUCUCUCUCUCUCUCUCUCUCUCUCUGUCUCUCUCUCUCUCUCUCUCUCUGUCUCUCUCUCUGUCUGUCUCUCUCUCUGUCUCUCUCCCUCUGUCUCUCUCUCUGUCUCUCUCCCUCUGUCUCUCUCUCUCUCUCUCUCUCUGUCUCUCUCUCUCUCUCUCUCUCUCUCUCUCUCUCUGUGUCUCUCUCUCUGUCUGUCUCUCUCUCUCUCUUUCUCUCUCUGUCUCUCUCCCUCUCUCUCUCUCUGUCUCUCUCUGUCUCUCUCUCUU